UUCCCAGAGUUUCUAAAAGAAGGAAGAAGAUCUCUUAGUUAUGAGGCAUCUGUCCUGUAGAACCUAUCCUAGUUUGGAGGGCCAUGUCUCUGGCUAUUUUUAAGACUAGAUUAAAAACUUUCCAUUAUGAUAAAGCUUGUAGUUCGAGUGGCCUAGGAAAUUGUAAGCUGUCUUUGUACUUAUGUUCCUUUAGGCUUUGGCUGCGGGAGGACGUACUGACUACUUUUCCUCACUGUGCAACUUUCUCCUGCUACUCUUCAUUUAUUUAUUCUAUAUUUAUUUGCAGUUAUUGCUAGCAUUAACAUUUUGUUCUUUCACUGUUUUAUUAUUCCAUUGAAUCUACACCUGGCCCAAAGUUUCUGUAUUUAAUUGUGUUUUGUUCUUGGAAAUGGCCUUUAACCAAGCUGUUGCUGCCAGUAGCUAUGUUCCCUGUCUAUCUUGACUCUGCCAUUGUUUGUUUUACCACUCCUUUUUCUCAGAAAAGCCAUUCAUGAAGUUACUGCUGUAGCUGACUAGAUACGGUUCUUUUAAUUUCAUGGAUAGUACAACUGAUUUAGUGUUUAUUUGUUUAGCUGUGUUUCUCUUAUAAAUCAAGCCACUUAUGGAACCACUGCUGCCAUUAACUCCUGUGAACCUUCGGUUUGUUGCAGCAGAUGGCUACUCAUACUGAGUUUCUGCUGGAGAUCUCUUCCUGUUGAAGGGAGCUGAUGGAACUCAUGUUUGUUUUGCAGCUUUGUUAUGGUAUUUCAAGUGCUGCAAUUCUGUUCUAUUUACUUCCUGUUUUAAAUGGCUUAUUUAAUGAAGUUAUUACGGCUAUUUAUUUAAACCUUCCUGUGUCCAAGUCAGUGGUUCUGGCCAGAUGUACGUAUGAGGAGAGUGGGAAGCAGAUGAUAUUAAAAAUGCCAAUACAACUGUUUCAGUACAAAAUUUUAAUAACCAGCAGAUUUUACCUUGAGAGUACUGACUGCAGCAGUCAAAUGUCAUAAAUUACACAAUUUUUUGUUGGUUUCUGAACCUGAGUUUGAUAAUUGACACUUCAAUGACUUCUUCUUUUCACACACUAGAUGGCAGACACAUCCUUUGGCUCAUCAAGCAUUUCUCCUUCAAUCCUGUUAAUGACCUAAACUGUGGUUGUCAAUCUAGAAGUGUAGUUUUGCUUUGAUGUGAUCUAAAUGGGGUUUACACCAUGCAUUGUAUGUAUUAUAGAUUAUUUGAUUCAAAAUUUAAAGAUGAUUAUAAUAUUAACUUUAAAAAGACUGAUGAAGAAUGUCAAAUGGGUUCAUGUAUGUUUUAGUAAAAGAGGCUGUUAUGCUUUACGGAAUAAAACCCUGUUUACUAGAAAAGCUUUCACUCAGGAGCCAGUUUGCAAUUUGUUUGUGGUGAGCAUUAAUAGCUGAAGUACCAACAGUUACUGCGAAACAGAACAUUUUGGGAAAUCACAAAUUUUCAGGCUCAGAGAACAUAAUCCAGUCUCCUGAUAAAAUUUUAAAAUCUCGGUUUCAAUGUUGCUUUAAAGGCUUUUUGUUGAAUGAUCUGCAAUUGGGAAUAUUCUCCAUGCAUGGAUGCAAAUAUGUCACAUUUGUCUUUUAUUGUCUAUUAGUCUUUCAGUCUCAGGUGUGUUUGUGUAAAAUUCACAGCUUCAUGCAGACUGUAAUGGACCCCAUCAUUUAAUCAUAAACAGAAAAUAAUAGAAGCAUAUAACAAUAAAAGAUGACAUACACAGAGGGACUGUCUUGGAUUUUUGAAGCCUCCGUCUUAGGUUUCACCCUCACCCAUUUUGCUUCACAGGUGUCCUCCUACCACUGUCUCUCCUCAGCAUUUCAGACUUAUGCAUAUUUCAUUUGCUCGUCUUCAGGGCAGCUAUCAAAUGAAUCAAGCUGGAUGGAUGGGGUGGAGUUGGAGAGCUGAUGAAGAGGAUGAUGUGUGAAAGCAAGGGCUGGGUUUGGGGAUAACCAGUUACACCUUCCCCCUCCUCUCCAGGAAUGAAUGAGUAAUGAGAUGAGAAGAGAUCUGGGCAACCUAUUCUCUUCAGCUGCAGAGAAGAACGGAACCACAAUGUCUUGGGACUAAAAUCUGGAUUCCACACCUUCAUUUGCUUCUUUUUGGUUCAAAACCACUUUUUGAUGGAUUUUUUAAGGACACAUAAAGUUCUGAUUCUGUGACAUUUAGGACAGUGAGGUACACUUGUAACAUCACGCUCAUCCCCUUUCCUCUUCUGCACGGAUCUUAAAGUUGGAAAAGUCCUUGUCACCACUGUGGGACCUUUAGCACUGAAGGUGUCAAUCCCAAGUGGUACAAACCGAGGGAGGAUGACAAACGGCAUCUAGUGGAUAUUUUGUUUGUUUUCUUUAUAAGAACGUUUGAGCUACUACGAUUCUCUUUUGAAAUAACGAGGAAAGGGAACAAACAGAAAUAUGCCCUUUGAUUUUGCAGGUUUAAAAAAGCAGGUGCUAAAACCUGGGAAGGAGGAGGUGAAGAACACAAUGGGGGACUCUUUAGGAAAGCUGCAGAGGAAAAUAGAUGGCAGUAAUGUUGAGGAUGAAGACAACAUAGAACUGACAGAGGAUGGCCGUCCAGUGGCAUCAGCACCACUUCCUGCCCCCCUGCUGGACUGCAGCUGCGGUGGUCUGCCGAAGCGCUACAUCAUCGCUAUCCUGAGCGGCCUGGGCUUUUGCAUCUCUUUUGGCAUCCGAUGCAAUCUGGGUGUGGCUAUUGUGGAGAUGGUGAACAACAACACCGUCUAUAUCAAUGGGACUCGAGUGAUUCAGAAAGCUCAGUUUAACUGGGACCCGGAGACUGUGGGUCUGAUCCAUGGAUCCUUCUUUUGGGGCUACAUCGUCACUCAGAUCCCAGGCGGGUUUAUCUCCAACAAGCUGUCUGCCAACAGGGUGUUUGGGGCUGCCAUUUUUCUAACAUCAGUGCUGAACAUGUUCAUCCCAUCAGCUGCAAGGGUGCACUAUGGCUGCGUCCUGUUUGUACGCAUCUUACAAGGGUUAGUGGAGGGGGUCACCUACCCAGCCUGUCACGGGAUGUGGUCCAAGUGGGCGCCACCUCUCGAACGUAGUCGACUGGCAACCACAUCAUUCUGCGGAUCCUACGCUGGAGCAGUGAUCGCUAUGCCUUUAGCUGGAGUCCUGGUGCAGUUUGUCGGCUGGUCAUCAGUCUUCUAUAUUUAUGGGGUAUUUGGGAUCAUGUGGUAUAUCCUAUGGCUCCUGCUGGCUUAUGGAAGUCCUGCUCAACAUCCCACAAUCACGGAGGAGGAGAAGAUGUACAUUGAGGCUGCCAUUGGGGAAACAGUCAACCAACUGGGUGUUACAGAGAAAUUCAAGACUCCAUGGCGUCGUUUCUUUACCUCCAUGCCAGUCUAUGCAAUCAUUGUGGCGAACUUCUGCCGCAGCUGGACCUUCUACCUGCUCCUCAUCAGCCAACCAGCGUACUUUGAGGAAGUGUUUGGCUUCCCCAUCAGCAAGGUGGGGUUCCUGUCCGCCGUCCCCCACAUGGUGAUGACAAUCAUCGUCCCUAUCGGAGGACAACUGGCGGAUUUCUUGCGAAGCAAAAAAAUUAUGUCAACAACAAAUGUGAGGAAACUCAUGAACUGUGGAGGAUUUGGUAUGGAGGCCACUCUUCUGUUGGUUGUUGGAUUUUCUCACACUCGAGGAGUUGCCAUUUCCUUCCUUGUGCUGGCUGUAGGCUUCAGUGGAUUUGCUAUUUCAGGUUUUAAUGUCAAUCAUUUGGAUAUUGCUCCUCGCUAUGCCAGUAUCCUGAUGGGCAUUUCCAACGGAGUCGGAACGCUGUCUGGAAUGGUGUGCCCCCUUAUUGUCGGAGCUUUGACUAAAAACAAGACUCGCCUGGAGUGGCAGCAUGUCUUCAUUAUUGCCUCCAUGGUGCAUUACACAGGGGUCAUCUUCUAUGCUAUCUUUGCAUCAGGGGAGCAGCAGGAUUGGGCCAACCCAGAGAGCCUGAGCGAGGAUAAAUGCGGCAUUAUUGGCGAGGACGAGCUGGCGGAGGAGUCGGAGCUUGCCAACGACGGCGCCCUGGCUUGCAAAAAGAGCUACGGAACAACGGACAAUUCAUACGGUUAAAAACAGGGCUGGAAAAAGAAGAGAGGGGUCACCAUGGAGGGGGAGGAAGAACACUAUGGUAAUGGGGACUACCAGGAUAGGUACCAGUGAGACGGCAUGCCGAUUACAAUUACAGAACUUCCAGGACACUCGGAUAAAAUUGAAGGUUUCCUGUUUUCCCUUCUGUGGAACAGAUCAAGGGAAACAACAGGAGAUGCAGCAUCAUAAGCACCUGAACACAACCAUUUUUAGCCUCCAGUACCAGUACUGUGCAAAAGUUUCACACCAUCUCUAAUUUCUCAAUAUUUUGUUUCUAGGGAGCCAGGCAUUCUUGUGACAUGUUAAAGUGAUCUUGAUCAGCAAUUCAUUGGGUUUUCUUCUUUAGGACUUUGGCUGCUUUUUCACAUGUUUCUGCUCAGUCCAUUCUGACAAUGUUUGUGCACUAUGAAAGGGAAGAACAGAAGACAGUUUUGGCCUAAAAGAACUACAUACAGCGAAGGGUUUCAUGUUAGGUUUUCAGCUUGCAGCUUUUUGAGAACAACAUUUUUAUUCCUGCAGCAAUAUUUUAUGUCUGUCAGAUGGUUUUAACUUCAGUAUUUUUUGUACAAGAAGUAAAUUAGAUAAGCUGCUUACACUAUUCCAUCCCUUUCUACCUCUAUUCAGUGGAACAUACAUAAUGUUGUAACAUGCACCUAAGCAUUGCAUAUCAGUUUAGUAUUUGUACCACUAUGGACAAACAAAAAAUGCAUGGGUAAUUUAAUUGUACUGUAUAUUUUCUGCAUAAGGCCAGUGAUCAAAGCAAAACAACUCUGAUCCUGCUGGUAUUUUUUAUUGGUCUCACAAAAGAUUUUUAAAGCCUCUACCAAAUGUCUCAAAUUUCAGAUAUAAAACAACAAAAACUGUAAAUUAAGAACCAGAGAUGAUGCAAAAUGGCAAGCAUCUUCCCUGUAGUCUUGGAGCCUUUUUGGCUCUAGGACUGGCCCAAGGUUGUCUGAUACCCUUAUCAGAGUUUGGUUUGAGGGGCCCAUUUCCAGCUAAGGCCAUCGCAAAUAUAAAGACUGUUGAGAGUUGGGGAGGAGGGGGGAAAUCGAAUGUUUAGUUCACAAUCAACCACAGGACAAGAGGUUAUCACUCAUUGAUCUACUGACAAAUAAUUAGUGUGCAGGAAAUGAAAUAUGUCGAGAAAUCAGCAUUAGAAUAUAACUGUGUUACUAUAACUUUAUUAUUAUGAAUGUUUUUUUAUAGCAUCAGAUCACUGAUGCUAUGGAAAUGUUGGCCAGAGAUCAGAAUCAGACAAUUUUCACUCGAUGAGCUUUGAUUGUGUCUCAAAUACCAAAAAAUAUUACUGUUCAUUAAAAGCAUCAAAACUAUGAACCCUCAUCAGUUAUGGUCCAUAAAGGGGAUGCACUUUGUGUUUAAUUCAUAAAAAGACUUAUAUCCUCCAGGAAGAGUCAGAUGACUGCUUGUCUGCUUAGCAUGCAUCAAACUGGUGCAUUCGUAAACUACGUAAUACCCUUGGGGGAACUUGAACAGCAGUUGCAAAGUUUGCUUGUACCUCUGGCUGGCCCUGUCUGGCUCCUUAGAAGCAAAAUAUAAAGAAAUGAGGGAUGGCUUUUGCACAGCACUUUGCUUACCUGUGAAGUAAUAAAAUGUACAGAUAAUUAAAAACGCUAACAUUGGACAUUGUUUUGUAUUAGAGAGCCACUGGCAAAAACAGAAUGUAUCAGUCAUAGAAAAGACACCUAAACUAAAUUAAUAUUUAACCUAUGUUAAUAAAAACUGUCGAUUUAGUACAGUGCAAACCAUCGUAACCAGAUCCAUGCUGAAGAUACAUGAGAAACAUUUAUCCACUUCCAGACCAAUCUCUUCUUCUCCUGCAGGCUGUGCUGAUUGCAGUUUAUGUUAAUCCAUGUGAAGAGUUUUUGAGAUGUCUUGUGUCAGCUAUGCAACAUGAAAAAACCUGAAGGAAUGUAAUGAUGAGACUUCAGUAGUCCACAGUGUUAAUGGUGUCAGUCUCUAUGGGUUUUCCAGUGUAUAUCUGCUGUUGGUGAAUGGCUGCACCGUUUUACCUCUUUGCUUGUUCGAGCAGGUCUUAAAUCACCAUCUGCUUUAACUUCACCAUCGUUUAAACCACUGUUUAAACCAGCUUAAUUAUUUACAGAGUGCAACACUGUAAUUGGAAAAGAUUUAUGUUGAGCUUCCUUUUUUCAUUGUUUUCUACAUGGAGAUCCGGUUAAAAACAUUGAGCAUUUCACUCAUAAAAGAAUGUAGAAAAUGCUCUUGCUGUCACUGUAGAACAAAGAAAUUGUGCUGUAAAUUUGAACUUUCUAGGCUUGAUUUGCACAUGAACACAUUCAGUGUAAAAAAAACUGCAUUACUGUAAAUUGUUGAGAUUGUUUAUGGAGAAAAACACAAAAUGCUUUAAGACUCUGGAUUACUGGGUAAUGUUUAUGUGGAUGAUGAACAUUUUUGGUCCCUUUGUGAAGUCAUGGAAACUUAAAAAAGACAUUAUAAAAUUACUAAUUGUUUGGUUAUUGACGGUGAGACCGAAGCCAACAUUUACAUAUAAAGCAUUAUGCUCAGUUUAAAAUCCAAAUGGUGA